AAUAAGAUCAUACGCUUCUCAUAAAUAUAUCGAACAUGAAUGUCUGAAGCUUCACUCCAUUUCUCGCAACCAUACCGAAAUCAUUAAAAGUGCUCAAUAUCGAAAAUCAUGAAGUUCCACAUAACGAUAGUUUUGCUUGCACUUUGUCUAUCGCAAGUAUCCAGCAGUUUACCGUGCGUUAAUCAAAAACCAAUGAAAGUGCCUCUUCCUGGAUCAUCCACCCUCUACAUCGCCUGCAGCAGUGGAGUCACCGUUUUCAGGAAAUGCUCAAACGAACUACUGUUUGAUAUUAAAACCAACCAGUGCAUUCAUCCAAUGGCGGAUCGUGCAUCUCGGCAAAUAGUUCAGUGUCCAGAGGAUUUCAACCCGUCGUUUCCGACGUUCAUUCCGCACCCAACCGACUGUGCCAGAUAUUUUAUUUGUGUAGAAGACGUUGCUCACGAGUACCACUGCCCAACGGGAACCAAGUUCAAUCCGGCCAUAAAUGUGUGUGAUUUGCCCGAAAACGUUAACUGUUUCUAGUGGUUGUACCUUUCGAAGAUAUUAUUUUUCACUAUGUUAAGAUUUUCUAAACUAAUUAAACAACAAUCAUCUGAAGAUGAUUGAUACACUUUUAUUUGAAAA